CUGGAAACCCCCACAUUCAAAAGAACAUGGAGAAGGCGGCGCGAUAUUGUUCUCUUCACUGAUUGCUGGGUGUGCUCCAUUUAGUUUGUAAAGAUGAAAAGAUCAGGAGGUGAAACAUUGAGUGAUGAUUGCAAGCAGGCAAAAGUGAUGAAAUCUGAUGAAUCAAUAAAUACUGCAGAAAACAUCAGUACCAGCAUAUUACCCUCCAAGACAAAAGAACUUGACCAGUUAAAGGAGGAAACUGUUCCUCCCAAAGGUCUUACAGAAAAUGAACAACAGCAUUCUGAUGGAAGCUCUGAAAAAGCUGAAUGUUCUGACAUCAAAACCAGCAUGCCUAAAGAAAAUAUACAUUCUGACAAGAGUGACGACAUUUCUGUAAAAAAAGGUGAUAUUUCAAGAAAACGAUUGUUGGAGAAAUAUGAGAGCUCUGAUAAAACUGAUGUUGUGAAGGAUUCCUCAGAUGAUGUCCACAGUGAUAGGGAAGGGUCGAGUACAAAAAUGAAAGAGGGAUCUAGUCCGAAGAAGCGGGCAUGGAGGUCUGAUCAAAGUCAUGAGAACACAUCUAAUAAAAAUGAUAGUUCAGAUAAAUAUUUAACUAAGGGAAAGAAAAUUUCUAGUGAUGAUGGUAAGAGGCAUUAUUUAGAAGAAGAAAAAAAUGCUGCUGCUGAUGACAAACCCAAUAUGUCUGCCUCCAAAGAUGGAGAGUCAGGUUCCAGUCAAGAAAUCAAGAAGAAAAUCUCUACUUCUGAUAAAUCAGAAAACUCCAGCCAUAAACAAGGCAAGGAUGGUCAGAACUCUUCUGCACAGAAUAAUGAAAGGUCAGGCGCCAGAAGAGAAGAAAGGCAAAAAUCUUCUCCUCACAAAGGCAAAUCUUCAGAAUCCAAACAAGACAGAGAUAAAUCAUCAGACUCCAAACGAGAUAGAGAUAAAUCGUCAGACUCCAAACAAGAUAGAGAUAAAUCGUCAGACUCCAAACAAGAUAGAGAUAAAUCGUCAGACUCCAAACGAGAUAGAGAUAAAUCGUCAGUCUCCAAACGAGAUAGAGAUAAAUCGUCAGACUCCAAACGAAAUAGAGAUAAAUCGUCAGACUCCAAACGAGAUAGAGAUAAAUCGUCAGACUCCAAACGAGAUAGAGAUAAAUCGUCAGUCUCCAAACAAGACAGAGAUAAAUCGUCAGACUCCAAACGAGACUUAGGUAAAUCUUCAAAAUCUAGGGAGAAUAAAGAUAUACGACACUUUCUUGAAAAUUCCAGUUCCAGACCUAAAAAAGAUGAGCAAACUGAUUCAAACCCAGAUUACCCUUCAAGUUCCCAAAAAGUUAAAAGUCCAAGGAAAGAAUCUCGAUUUAAUUCUGUUGAUUUGAAAGCACGGUUAAAUUUACAAGACAGUAUUAAUUUGUUGAACCAAAACCCCUCAAAGGACAGAGAAGAGCACUUCCAUUUCUUCUUUGGAAAGGAUUCACCAUUCAGUAACUUUCACCCAGCUAGAUUUGACCUUGAUGGAGUCACCUAUAGCUGCAGUGAGCAAUACAUGAUGCAUCAAAAAGCAGUGAUAUUUCAAGACCCAUAUCAUCGCAAUGAAAUAAUGAAAGCAACAGAUCCAGUAAAAAUGAAGAAAUUAGGAAGAAAAGUGGAAAACUUUGAUGCCAAUCAUUGGGCUCAAGUCAGUGAAAAGGUUGUGAAGAAGGGGGUUAUGGCUAAGUUCAAACAGAAUAAAAAUCUAUUGGGAGCAUUGAUUGCAACAUUUCCCAGGAUUCUUGUGGAAGCUGCACCGCGUGAUCGAUUGUGGGGAAUCGGCCUCGGUGCCAAAAACCCAAAAGCUCACUGCCGAAAAACCUGGAGAGGAAGGAACAAACUUGGUUACUUACUUACAAAAAUGAGGAAUGAAAUCAUGAUGAGUGAGGGAUAUUUUUCUUGACAUUUAUGGUAUAGCAAAGUUGAAUAAAAUUGUAUGUUUUCAAGCUGUUAUGUAAGGUAAACUCAGAAUGUAGUACUUGUAGAUGUGUAGGUUCACAAAAUUUUACUUUUUUAUGGUGCCACAUCAGGAUGUGUGUGCCUCUUUUUCUUGACAUUUUCACUGUAGCAACAUUGAAGAUUUCAUGUGUUCUGUUUGUUAUCUAAAGUAAAAGCAUAGCAUAAUUCUUACAUAUGUGCUAGCUUCACAAUCAAUUUUUAUCAAAGUGCUGCAAAAGGCUGUCCAUGCCUUUUAAUAAUCACUUGGUGUGUCUGUCUGUUGUCAACACAUUUAUAUGGACAAUAAUAUUGUUAUCUUUCAACCCAUAGACAAUGAUCAUAUGUAAUGCUUAGUUUAUGAAUUGUUUAAAGGAAAACGCCUACUGGUUUUGUAGGUCACUUGGUAAAAUGUCAAGGUCAGAAUUCUAGUUCUUAAAAUAUUUUCAUAAUGCAUUUAAAUGAUGCAAUUGUUAAUGUUUUUCCUAUUUUACAAACAACACUAAUACUAGAGGUAGAGAAUGGUUGAAAGAGGACAUUCUAUUUGUUAAAAUAUUUUCAUAAUACAUGUAUAUUUAAAUGAUGCAAUAUUUAAUGUUUUUCUUUAAUAUCUUUCCAACACUAACACUAUAGGAAGAGAAUGGAUGAAAGAAGACAUCAAAAGUUUUUGUGUUACUGAAAUAAAGGUCAAAUUCAAAAGAAUAUCACUAUGACCAUUUAAUGCAAUAAACAUUUUUUGAAUCCUUAAGUAUAUUUGUGAAGAAUAACUAAAGGAAAAGAUCCACAAAUUUGGGGAGCACAAUUACUUUGACAUUUUUAUCUGAAGACUUCAUAUGUAUUGGUAUAUACAGAAUAGUUAAAGAAAGGGUUCUAUUAGGUUUUUGAUAACUUUAUAAAGAUUGGAAUUAUUGUUCUGUAUGUAUAAAUGGUUAUUCUGUUGUACAAAUAACAUAAACAUGUAACAUCUUAUUUACUACACAAUUGAAAGAGACCCAUAUAUGUUCUGGGGUCAUUUGAAAGGUCAAUGUUUAAAUUAUUGAUAUGAUUAUUUACUACACAAUUGAAAUUUUGAGAUCUUUUGAAAGGUCAACAUUUAUGUAAAUGUACGUACUAUGAGAAAUCCAUUAUGACUUUGUCAAUUUUUUUCUGCCUUAUGUAUUUAAGCAGUAUACUGGUGAAGAUUACACAACUGGUGCAAUGAUUGUUUACACUUGUGCAUUGAUUCUGUACUCUUGUUUUUUUCUCAUUAAAUAUGUGUUUUUGAUGGUUGUUUUGUAUAGAUCAUUCCUUAUGGUGCAUCAAAAUUUUGUGAUUUUUUUUUUCGUAGCAAAUCACACAAUAAAGUAUAUAAUGACCAAG